AUGCCGCAGCUAACCCUGAGGAACUUCGCACUGGAAACAGCGGACGUACAUGGUGUAAAACACCUGGCGAACAGCCGAAGUGGUGUUCUCCGUCGACUAGUUUGGUUAGUGGCUUUCUUGGGGAGUGUGGCCCUGUUACUUUACCAGUGUAUAUCUAGUAUUAUCUAUUUCGUGAACUACCACCACGUCACCAAGGUGGAAGUAAAUUACACAACGCAAAUGGAAUUCCCAGCAGUAACAUUUUGCAAUCUUAAUAAAUAUCGUGAAUCGGCGAUCACCGUUGAAGACAUUGUUAACAUCGGGGAACACAUCGGCAUUGUUGACGAUCAACACGAAAUCAUCGACCCACAUCUGUAUACUGACAAAUUCUUGGCAAAAAUGUCGGCUGUAAACUGGACGCACUACACAAAGGACUACGAUUAUAACAUGACUGAUUUUACAUUCAGAACGGGGCACCAAGCAAGCGAUUUCAUUCUACAGUGUGAAUACAGUGGAGAAAAUUGUUCUUAUGAAGAUUUCAGUCACGUGUUCUCACAUCAUGGUAAUUGCUUUACAUUCAACAAACAUGAUGAAAACAACGCUGUUCUCCUGUCGAAAAGAGCUGGCACAGGUAAUGGCCUGCGCCUCAUACUCGGUAUCGAAACCGAAGAGUAUACCCCCUCCAACGAUUUGGAUGGCGACGCUAUGGACGCCGGCAUCAAACUCCUCGUCCACGGAGUAAAAGAACCACCAUACGUGAAGGAGCUGGGAUUUGUCGCAUCUCCUGGUUUCCAUACAUACGUAUCUCUUAGAAAGGCACUGGAAACUUCAACAUCACCAAGUUGA